GUGGGGACGCUGCGGCGUUCUGAGCCUCGCCGCCACCUGAAUGUCCCCUCCUAUGGGGCCAGAGGUGCAGCCACAGGCAAUGAUUUACCAGCCCGUGCCCCCGCCCGCAGACCUUUGAGCUGGGCCUGGCGCUGCUCUGCAUGGCGAUGCUGUCCCUGGGGUCCUGGCUGCCCGCGUGGCCGGGGCUGGCGUGGAGCUGGGCGCUGCUGGACGCAGUGCUGCGAGGUGAGGCCACGGGGCCGUGGGGAUGUUGGGGACACUGGGGACACGGUGACACGGCACUGCUUCUUCCUGCAGGGCUGGUGGGGGCCUGCGCCACCUUGGUGCUCUGCAGCCUGCUGAGGGUUUAUCUCUACAUCCAGUGCCUGAACGACCCGGCGCGGCAGGACCUGCGGGUGGCCCUCGGGGCGCGGCGGUUGGUGCUGGAGCCGCUGCACGUGCUGGUGCUGACGGCCAUCCUGGCGCUGGUGGGCUCCCGCGUGGCCGCGCUGGUGGUGCUGGAAUUCUCCCUGCGCGCCAUCUCCACGCUCCUCUCCCUCAGCAAGCGUUGGUGCUUUGCAACACCCAUGCUGAGGACAAGAGAUGCAGCAUGGAGGAAAGCGCGCAUGGCGGCACGGCGGUGCAUGGCUUGGCAGUGGUGUGUGGCUUUGCAUGGUACGUGGUGUUGCGACGGCGCAUCGCCUGGCUGCUUUGCACCCCCUCCUGAUGCAGCUCCUGACGGCUCCGUCCCGCUCCCGCAGGGCGCCCACAGCAUCCAGCUGCUCGUGCUGUGCCAGUUCUCGCUGGGCUGCGGGCUGUCCUGCGGCCUCAGCUUCCUGCUGGAGGAAGCUCCCCAUGGGACCUGCAACCUGGUGCUGGCGGCGGGGCUGGCGGGGCUGCUGGCCAUGCACGCCCGCCGCUUGGCUCUACACACCUGCACGCUGUAUGAGCUGCACAGCCAAGCGCGGUACUGCGGCGUCUGCAUGCUGCUGCUCACCUCUGGGCACGGCGUGCCCCGGCUGCUGCGCAAGGCUCUGGUUGUCGCCUUCGUCGUGGCUGACCUGGCCGCCGUCGCGCUCAUCAAUCGUGAUUUCCUCUCGACGGCGGAGGCCGUCCGCUUCUGGACGCCGCUCACUAUCUGCUACACGCUGCUCGUCGUUUACAUGCAAGAGGAGCAGCGGUCAGGCACGGGCACGCAGGCAGCCUACCAGACAGUGCUGGUGCGCAUGGGAGGCCUCUUCAUCCUCCUCUUCACCGUGGGCCGCUGGACAGACCUACUCCACAUCUUCCUCUCGCUGCUGGGAGAGCUCUGGUGCCUGCUCCACACCGGCGUCCUGCUGGAAGCUUGCCGGCAGCGGGAUUUCUCCUCGCAGCAUCGACCGAUGUCAGGAUCGUCCUGAGGUGUAAGCAGGGAUGAGGAACUCGGAGCAGCUCCCUAAGUCCUCCGUGCUGUGCUGGACAGCCGCUGUGGGGACACGGGAACAGGGGAAGGGGCUCCUGGAAGGUGCUGAUCCCAUCCUGUUGGAUAUGUGGAUGCUUGUACAGCCCCUGGCUUUUGAGGCCCCCAUCCCCAUGGUGGUGAUUGGGCUGGAGGUCACCUCCCUCGUCCUGCUGAGGGAUGUGGGAUGCAGACGGAUGCACUCAUCCUCAGGGGCUGCCAGGCUGCACCACUGAGGUGCUCCGAGGGACCUCUGGAACUUCAUAAAUCAUGGAAAAUGA